CUUCAACUGUCUCAUUUCCGGCUUGACAUCCCUUCACGAAUACCGUCCACGCAUCACGUCUGCCCAGCAUGGGGAAAAUGGCAGAGAUGCAGCGCAAGCUGCUUGAGCAAAUGAUGGGCCCCGAGGCGAUGGGCUUCAACCCGCCCAGUCUCGACUGGUGGAACGAGAAGGUGUGCCGUGACUACCUCUUUGGCACGUGUCUUCACGACACGUUUAGCAACACGAAAAUGGACCUGGGGCCGUGUCCCAAGACCCACUCGGACCGCAUUCUGAAGCAGUUCCAAGAGGCGCAGAAGGAACCCUCUCCGGAUCCGCGCAUCGCCGCGUUCAGGCAGGAGCACGAGAACAACAUCUACCAGUUUGUGGACGAGUGCGACCGGCGCAUCCGCGCGUCGCAGCGCAAGCUCGAGAAGACGCCAGAGGAGAACCGCAAGACGGUCGACCUGAUGAAAGAAAUCGGCGAGAUCGAGCUUGCGAUCCAAGGCGGGACGGACGAGAUUGAGCAGCUCGGUGCAGAGGGCAAGGUCGACGAGAGUAUGGAGAAGCUCGCGGCCGUCGACGCGCUCAAGCAGCUGAAGAAUGACAAGGAGAAGGAACUGCAGCUGCUCAACGAGAACGCGGGCGCGAGCGGUCACCAGAAGCUGCGCGUGUGUGAGAUCUGUGGCGCUAUGCUCAGUGUUCUCGACUCGGACAAGCGUCUCGCCGACCACUUCGGCGGAAAGAUGCACCUCGGCUUCCACGAACUGCGCAAGCUUAUGGAUGCAUGGGCAGAGGAGCGCAUGCGCGGCCCUCCCCCUCCGCCUCUCGGCGUGCCUCCACCCUCCGUCGCGCCCUCCGGUCCUCCACCACCCGGCCCCGGGCCAGGUGGAAGCCGACCGCCGGUUCCGCCCUUCCCGCUCUCCGACGAAAAGCGUGAGGCUGGUGAGAUCGGGGAGGACGGAAGCGACCGCUCGCGCUCGCGAGACAGGCAUGAGGAGCGCCGCGGGAGUGGGCGCUACGACGACCGCGACAGGUACGGUGGGCGCGACCGGUACGGGGACCGUGAGCGAGACCGCUAUGGAGACGGGGGGCGUGACCGCUACGGCGACCGUGACAGGAGCCGGUACGAGGACCGCGACCGCAGGGAUAAGUACGAUGAUGACCGAAGGCGCGACCGCUCGCGCUCACCAUCCAAGCGCCGUGUUGUGUAGCCGUGUAGUGUACGUCAUGUGAUACAUUUCCAUCGAGA